AUGGAGAGCGAUCCGUUUCGGCGGGAAGUGGCAUUGAUGGCGGCUCGUGACCAGACGGACAUCGCUGCAAAGGGCAGCGAGCUGUCGAAAGGCCUAAAUCGGUCUAGGCCGUCGCGGUCUAUGGGGCGCGACGGAGGACCGGAGGUGGAGGGUAGAGGCGGUCUCGAAGAGGCCGAUGGAGACUUUUGCAGUGGAAAACGUGGAGAUGAGGCGCGGCGCAUAUUCGGCCAGACGACGACUGAGGUGCUGAGCCACUGGGAGCUGGCGACAGACCCCGUAUUACGAGGAGUGCGUGAGUCGAGACCGUUUCACUAUGCAGGCCUCUCGGAGUUUGGGCGUCUACCUGUAAUCGUAGGGUGCUCUGGAGCCGGAGCUGGAGCACUUGUACGUCGUGGCGGAGAAGCCAGUCACACGGACGGACGGACAUCUGAUGGGGUCGGGAGCCUGAUGUCUGGAGAUGGCGAUGACAAUAGAGACUUGACGCGACAAAGACGGCGAAGGCCGGGGGUGGCGUCACAUGAUCUGAACGGUCCCGUGAGCAGGCGCAGGCGUGGAGCUGAACGUGGAGACUACUCUGUAGGCUGA